AUGAUGUCUUCAUCCACGUUAUACUUUGGUCAUGAUAUAAGACGCAACGUUCCACUUGCAGAGUACCGGAGCGUUUUUCGGGCCCUACAAGAUCUUUCGCUUCGGCAAGAAGCUUACAAGGAACUACUUUAUUCCUUUCCGACUCCCGAGUUUCUCGGAGCCUCUUUGCUGAUGAUGAAGGAGACGCAGUCGAUAGCCAAUUCUCUCCCUUUAAUAUGCAGCUCUCUUAUCCCCCUUCUCCCGUGCCCUCCUUCAACACGAAGCGAGCCGCUCGACUCAGACGGCGUUUAUUCACCCGUUUGUCUACAGGAACCGGCGAGUUCGCCGGCUAUGGGGCUAAAGGAGGGUCUACUUGGCAAGCUAUCCAUAUUGGAUCGAUUUUGCUUAUACUUUUUAUAG